GUUGUUACACAAACAUGUUGAGACGAGUUUGACAAUCAUGAGUCAAGCCCAAAUUGAACGUGACCCGAACAAAACGACUUGAACACCGUUGGCUGCAUUUGGGGACACUUGAUUGAUGCGGCGGCCAUUUUACCCGCUGGACGCUACCUCUCAUUGUGGAUACGAAGAAAAUAGACAAGCGAAAGGUUUCUCCUCACUUCUGUUCACUUUUUCUCGAGGGGAUCUUAAGUAGCAAUGGCCCGUACCAAGCAGACUGCCCGUAAGUCCACUGGAGGCAAAGCUCCACGUAAGCAGCUGGCUACAAAGGCUGCCCGUAAGAGCGCCCCUUCCACCGGAGGGGUAAAGAAGCCCCAUCGCUACAGGCCUGGUACUGUUGCGCUGCGUGAAAUCCGUCGUUACCAGAAGUCCACUGAGCUUCUGAUCCGCAAGCUGCCCUUCCAGCGCUUGGUGAGAGAAAUCGCCCAGGACUUUAAGACGGAUCUGCGUUUCCAGAGUGCAGCCAUUGGCGCGCUGCAGGAAGCCAGCGAAGCCUACCUCGUGGGUCUGUUUGAGGACACCAACCUGUGUGCCAUCCAUGCCAAGCGUGUUACCAUCAUGCCCAAAGACAUCCAGCUAGCACGUCGCAUCCGUGGGGAGCGCGCAUAAAAGCUUUCACUUUGUCUUUCUACUUUUUAUCUGUUUGUCCAUCCCUCUCCCUCGCUCCUCACCCCCACCUCCCUCUCCACUGUGUUAGUAGUAUGUAGGGAAAACUGUUCAUAUUAUUAAUCAAGUGUGUAGUCGUAUUUUUCUUAGUGAUCUCAGCAGAAGUCUUCUAUGGUACCCCUUUUAUGUCCAUAUAUCAACUCUUUGGUGAUGAGGCUGCCUCACGGACACUCACAGACUCCACACUCUCAGGUGGAGCAGAUACCAUGAUUUGGAGGAAAAACACUAAUCAUACCAGUACAAAUUUAAGCAGGGACAGACAGAAGAUGUGGUGUUCAUCUGCUGUGGGAAUGGGCUUCUUCUUGUGGCUUCUUUCCGGCAGUGUGCUCUUCUGCUCUUGAUCAUGCACCUGCUUCCGCUCCCAGGUGAUCAGAGACCUCAACACCGGCCUCGGCUGGAUUCUCUGUCCCUGCGUGCGUCUGCAUGAGUGUUAGCUCUGAUCACCGUAGAGAACUCUAUUUACUACAUCAACAUCUCUGGAGACAAUGUUUAGAAUAUUGAUUAUUGUUGAUAUUCUUAAUAGUCUUUAUUUUUUGCCUCAAAUAACACUGUGGAUAUUUUUUUAACUGCAAUGCAAGGCAUGGAGGUGGGGGGAACAAUCCCAUUUUAACACAGAGAACAAACAAACCUAAACAGAUCUUAAAUAGACUUAACAUCGAUCCUCUCGUGGAUACUCUUUUCCUAUAAGAAAUGACCUCAACAUUUCUUUUGCGUUCCUUGAAAUGUUUUUGCCAAAGCUUGAGCGAGUCAUUCAUACUUAUACAGUUCUUUUGUAUUCUUGGCUUUCUUUUCCAUGAACCUUGUAUAAGAGGUUUAUACAGUCCCCAAAUGAAAAAGUUUUUUUUAAACAAAAUGUGAGACAUGUAGUGUUUCUUGAAAUAAUAUUGUUCCCCUCUCUGUAUCAGUUACCACUCUUCUUCCGUUUGUUUGUAUUUUUUAUUUUGUCUCCGCCAAGGUCAUUUGAUCAUCUGUCUACUGUUUCUAAGGUGUACUUGACACCCUACAACUUGUUUUUGUUUUGUUUUGCUCAGUUUCUUUUAUUGAAACAUUAAUGGUGAUGUUUUAAUAAAGCAAUGUUUGUAAUUUCAAGGUUUGUCAUAUAAGGUGGUAAUAAAUGGAUGUUACACA